AUGAUAGGUAGGUUCCACCGGGACGGUUCGCUUGACCGAGCCACGCAGUUGAAGGAGGCUCAGGACCGCCGAAUCGGGUACCUUGCAGACCUCAAGAAGAGAGACCAACAGCAAGAACGCGGUAGCCGUCACCACGUUCACGGCGAACGCCUCAAAAAUAACUGGCUGGACAGAGGCAAGAUUCAUGACCAAGGUGUUGCGUCGGCUGCCGGCAAUAUGGUAGGCAAAGCAGAAACGGCCGCGGGCUCUCCCUUCCCCCAUGGUUCCUACAGCAGUCCGAGGUUCCAUCACGCAUCAAGAAGAUCGCCCAUUCCGAACCGGCCAUCCACGACGCCAGCGGUGUCACCCACGAGGGCAGUAUCACCGGCUAGGCUCCGUGGGAUAUCUCAAAAGGAGAACCGCCAGGCUGCCAAUGAGCGGGCGGUCCGAAUCUACAGCGCCGGUGCACGCUCCUGUCCCAGCGGUGGACGAAACCCACAUCCACCGGUUGGCUGUAGAUCGCCGCCGUGGGACGACAGGACUCUACCGACAACUGCUGACCCACACCGGCGACGCUUGAGUCCCCGGGAGAACGGACGUUACCCGUUGCCUUGGCCUUUGGACGACAUCGGUGUCGGAGGGAGGCGCCAGGCGUGCGACGAAAAUCAGGAGUGGUUGGAUGGCGCAGACGAACGCGUUCUCGGGGAGCCAAUAGCGACUCCACGGGAGCACAAGACGAGCUCAGCGAACCAGGGGCGAGGUUGUUCUCCGCCCGCGAGGGCGCAGACUCCGGAAGAAAUGCCCGCGAUGCAGCGAGCCCGCCGACUGGAGCUGCAUCGGCUCGCCAUCGAGAAGAAGGAGCUAGAGGCGCAGCUCGCGGAGGUCAAGCAGCUCUUGCGGGCAAGCAAGGUACCGUCGACAAAGGCAAAAUCCUUCUGGCUGCCCCGUGAAGCCAUCAGGGCGACAUCUCCGACGAAUGGAGAACGACCGGCACGGCGCAGAAGAAGUAGAAGGAGGAAACGGCACAAGCGACGGUCGCCGACGACGGAGAACGAUUUUGUGGUGCACGACGGAAAGAAGGCCCGUCCUCGUCGCUCCCGCGGAAAAUCAGAAGAGGGAAACGAGAGGCGCGUGGAGCACUCUGCUUCGCCCGAUUGCGGUCGGUCUGCUUCCGGCUCCGCCCGUGGUGAAGGGUACCGCAGUCCUAGGAGGAGAAGCAAGGACGGCGGCCAACCAGGCCGUUGCGACACGCGGGAGAGGCAGCCACAGGUUAUCGGCGGCACGAGAAGCAACCCCGAGAGACAAGCAGGAAGUGGGAAGGCGGUGGCGUCUACUGCUAUCCCGUCUGUGGCAUUCAACAGUUCGGUUUCGAUAGGCAGGGCAGCCAGCGCCGGGCGGGUAGAAGGGCGUACCCCUCAGCGAGGAAGGCACCUCGAUGCUAGACAAGAAGACCAUGUACCGGGAAGGAGACUGCAGCGACGGAAGUCUGCGUCGCGGCGAACGCGGUCCUCUCCGUGUUCUCCCAUGAAGGGUUCCAUCGCCUACGGGAGUCCUCCGGACAACGGGGGUUCGGAGGAUGGACUGUUUGCACAACGAAGACUGGGCCGAAGGAGGGAAGAUUCUGGCAGCCGUCGUCCGGCCUCGGCACGCCGGGAUCGGAAAUUCCGAGCAGGUGAUCCCAUCAAGCAUGAGCAACAGCUGGCCGCGAGAAGAAGAGGGGACAGGAAUCAGCACAACGAAGAACGUCGCGUAUAUUUUUCAAAAUUUCCUGUCAGAGGAAGUCGUUCGGCUAUUCGGAAGGGAGCGUCUAGUAGAAGGAUAGACGGAGGAGGAUCAACGUCUCUAUCAUUUAACGCAACGUCAAAGCGUACGCAGUCUAUGCAGCCGAUUGCAGACCGAGGUGCGAAAGCGGUCUCGCUUUAUGAUGAAAAUCGUGUCGAGGAUGCAACUGGUGCCGAAGAUACGCACCAACAAGGGUACGAAGAUGACUUUGAAGUCCUUAGCGUUCGUGACUCGUACGAGUCUGACUUUGAGCCGUGGGGAAAAUCCGAGUCUGACGAGGAGCAGCUCAUAGCCAGACACGGCAGCACGGAGUUUCCGCAGAGCACCAAGCGGGUUGCUCUCGACAGCCGCAGCAGGUAUUCGAUGGUGGAGCCUAGCGCAGGAAGAGAUGAUGACGCACAAUUGAGAGGUAGAGAGACCUCCUGUGACGAAUGGUGGGGAGGAAAUGAUUUCAACCUGACAACUGGUAGCUUGCUCCAGGACGACGACGACGACGAGAGCUGGUGUGACGGUCGACCUGGUGCAACUAGCAUCUCUCACGCCAACAGCCCUGGUGCUGCGAGUUGGAGAGAAUGGAACCGACCGAAUGAGGAACACAGCCGGUUCGCGCUGUCUCACGCGUGUGACUCCAACACGCCCGAGGCAGCAGCGGCACAUGAGGGUAGCCUUACAGGCCACCGGGGGGUCGCUGCUGGGUUUAACCAUCUCUGGGUCGACGGCUGUGACAACAUUUUGGUGGAUUCUGCCGAGAAAAAAGCUACGGACGCGGACGUCCCCCGCGCCGCUGGCCGAAGCGACCCCCAGAACGUCGACAGAGAGCUCUACUCGUCUUCUUACGAGGAACACCCCGUCGGCACUGCGGGAGGCCCGCCGUCUGUUCCACUCCCUCGUAUGGUUGUUGAGGACGAGAACGGCAAGCCAGAUGUCUCAGGAUUUGGCGCGGAAGCGGGGAUGACCACAGGGGCGGCGUACGUGUCCGACCCAAAGGCAUCCCUCAACGACAGAAGAAAUCGCAGAAGAUAUUCUGCGGCGGAAGGGGAGUCAUCGGAUGGGUCGUCACUGUACGACGUCACGUCUGAAACUAGUGUCGACGAAGACAACGCACCACGAGACAGGGAGCCCUCCCUGCCCCACGAACAUGGUGAAGCUGACAACAUCACAACGGAUAAUUCCGCGUACGCAGUCGAUCCUGGUAGGCCUUAUCGGCCGGGGGUGUCCCUCGGGCCAACUUCGGGAGGCAAUGAUAUCCCCUCCGAUAGCUACGCAGAGCCGACAACAGAUGAAUCGCCAACGCUUCGCGGGGAAGAGGAGAACCCACCAGCAAGCAUCGAAUACUCUUGGGAUCAGGUAUCGAUUGAUCAACUUCUCCCGCUUCACGGCGGAUCAAGGGUGAAGCAGACCGGCCACGAAGCCGGCGGCGAAGAUGUCGACAGGCGUCGGCCUGGGGGCGACCGUUCAGUUGGUCGUAAUGAUGCCGAUGUCUCGGUGCCGCACGAUGACCAGGGUAGGGCUGAGCUCGUCGGUAAGCGGCCGCAGCCCGGCCGGCCGAGAGCAGGUGGUACCCGUACCGGUGGGGACAAGAUUGGUGCCGUCGAUGGGGAUGGAUUCGAGCUUAACCUGUCGUUUGAUGAGUUAUCCAUCGACGAAGGGAGCUACUCGCUUGUUGAGCAGCCGCCCGCCCACGAUGGGGCAGUGGAGCAUGGGGUCGCAGGCAAGCAACCUUUCGACCAGCUUUCCAUGGGUGAUGGACCGAGGGUUGGGCAGACUGGCUCGAUCCUCGAACGCCACAGGCGCGACGAGCAACCAUCCGCGGAGGACGUCCCCGCCCAUCACCGAAGUUCCGUCGAUUCGGGAAGCCACGAUCGUAAGAGCCAGUUAGACACGGACGAAUUUUUGGGCCACGUGUGGUCUCUCGGCAGUUGUACGGAAGAGCAACACCGGCGGAUGUCCGAAGAGGGCUCUGGCGUCGAUGUGCGGACUGCUCGAGGGUCUAGUGGUGACGGUUUGACAAACGGUGAGCAUCGCAUGGAGGAGCAAGAGGAGGCGUGCAGUGAUUCGGUCGAAGAUGCCUCGGUUAGCCGGGAGCGUCAUCGAGCGUCUCUUGGCCACGAAGACCUGCGCGAGGACACAAGUGGACGCCUUUCUGUCGAAGAGCACGAGCUUGUUGGGAAAGUAGUGAUGGCUGGUGUCCGGGAGGCUGUCACGGCAGGAGGUCCUGUGGAGGGCGAAAGCGGCCAUGUUCCCGCCAUGCACGACGAUGAACUUGACGGUGAGGGCUCCUUCAACGUGAAAAACACGCCAGCUCUAGAUUCUAAACAACGACUUCACCGUUCGGACGACCCUACCUCUACUGAACACCAACGUGUCGCUGAUCGCAAGGAUGCAGGUGCAAUCGGGGAUGGGAUGGCCGUGGAGAACGCCGAAUCUUUCGGCGAGCUGUCAUCGCUGGAAAAACAACAUGGAUCGCACGGAGAGGAAAGCAGCAGCACGCAGUUCGAAGAGGCGAGGAAGUCCUAUCCUGAGGGGUCCAAUCGUGGUGCAGCUAGCGUUGAGUUAGACCGCAAUACUACCAUCGGCAACUACCAGCUCGGACAAGAGGAAUCCAUGGACGAGUUGUCGUCUCUGGACAAGGAAAGGGAGUCGCACCAAGAUGCUUCCGCUGGUGGGGUGCCAGUAGAAGGAGGAUCAUCGAUCGAUGAAUACUUCAGCGGCGGAGCACGAACUAUUCACGAUACAGUCCCGGGUGACAUCAGGCACAACAACCAACUACAAAACGAGGAGUCUCUGGACGAGCUGUCGUCUCUAGACAAGCAAGGGGAGCCGUACCAGGUUGGGUCCGUUGGUGGGGUGCGGACAGGAAGAGAAGAAUCGUUUUUUGGUGAAUACGUAAACGGUCGUGCAAAAACUAUUGAUCACACAGCUCCGAGUGGCAUUGGAAGCAAUGGCCAGCUCGGAAACGGGAAUUCCCUGGACGAGUUGUCGUCGCUGGACAAGCAACCAUACCAGGACGGAUCCAUUGACGAAAUGCAGGCAGGAGGAGAGCCACCUACCGAUGGAAACUGCAAUGGUGGCGCAAGUAGUAUCGAGGAUGCGGCCCCUGGUGGAAUCGGGAGCAACCGCCAGCUCGGAAAUGAGGAGUCCCUGGACGAGUUGUCGCCACUGGACAAGCAACCAUACCAGGACGGAUCCAUUGACGAAAUGCCGGCAGGAGGAGAGNUCGGGAGCAACCGCCAGCUCGGAAAUGAGGAGUCCCUGGACGAGUUGUCGCCACUGGACAAGCAACCAUACCAGGACGGAUCCAUUGACGAAAUGCCGGCAGGAGGAGAGCCACCUACCGAGGGAAAUUUCAAUGGCGGCGGACGUAGUAUCGAGGAUGCGGCCCCUGGUGGAAUCGGGAGCAACCGCCAGCUCGGAAAUGAGGAGUCCCUGGACGAGUUGUCGCCACUGGACAAGCAACCAUACCAGGACGGAUCCAUUGACGAAAUGCCGGCAGGAGGAGAGCCACCUACCGAGGGAAAUUUCAAUGGCGGCGGACGUAGUAUCGAGGAUGCGGCCCCUGGUGGAAUUGGGAGCAACCGCCAGCUUGAAAACGAGGAGUCCCUGGACGAGUUGUCGUCGCUGGACAAGCAACCAUACCCGGACGGAUCCGUUGACGAAAUGCCGGCAGGGGGAGAGCCACCUACCGAGGGAAAUUGCAAUGGCGGCGCAAGUAGUAUCGAGGAUGCGGCCCCUGGUGGAAUUGGGAGCAACGGCCAGCUCGGAAAUGAGGAGUCCCUGGACGAGUUGUCGUCGCUGGACAAGGAACCAUACCCGGACGGAUCCGUUGACGAAAUGCCGGCAGGAGGAGAGCCACCUACCGAGGGAAAUUUCAAUGGCGGCGGAAGUAGUAUCGAGGAUGCGGCCCCUGGUGGAAUUGGGAGCAACCGCCAGCUCGAAAAUGAGGAGUCCCUGGACGAGUUGUCGUCGCUGGACAAGCAACCAUACCCGGACGGAUCCGUUGACGAAAUGCCGGCAGGGGGAGAGCCACCUACCGAGGGAAAUUGCAAUGGCGGCGCAAGUAGUAUCGAGGAUGCGGCCCCUGGUGGAAUUGGGAGCAACGGCCAGCUCGGAAAUGAGGAGUCCCUGGACGAGUUGUCGUCGCUGGACAAGGAACCAUACCCGGACGGAUCCGUUGACGAAAUGCCGGCAGGGGGGGAUCCACCUACCGAGGGAAAUUUCAAUGGCGGCGGACGUAGUACUAAGGAUGCGGCUCCUGGUGGAAUCGGGAGCAACGGCCAGCUCGGAAAUGAGGAGUCCCUGGACGAGUUGUCGUCGCUGGACAAGGAACCAUACCGGGACGGAUCCGUUGACGAAAUGCCGGCAGGGGGGGAUCCACCUACCGAGGGAAAUUUCAAUGGCGGCGGACGUAGUACUAAGGAUGCGGCUCCUGGUGGAAUCGGGAGCAACGGCCAGCUCGGAAAUGAGGAGUCCCUGGACGAGUUGUCAUCGCUGGACAAGGAACCAUACCGGGACGGAUCCGUUGACGAAAUGCCGGCAGGGGGGGAUCCACCUACCGAGGGAAAUUUCAAUGGCGGCGGACGUAGUAUCGAGGAUGCGGCCCCUGGUGGAAUUGGGAGCAACGGCCAGCUCGGAAAUGAGGAGUCCCUGGACGAGUUGUCGUCGCUGGACAAGCAACCAUACCGGGACGGAUCCUUUGACGAAGUGCCGGCAGGAGGAGAGCCACCUACCGAGGGAAAUUUCAAUGGUGGCGGACGUAGUACUGAGGAUGGGGCCCCUGGUGGAAUCGGGAGCAACCGCCAGCUCAGAAACGAGGAGUCCCUGGACGAGCUGUCGUCGCUGGACAAGCAAGGACAACCGCACCGAGAGGCGUCCACGGAGUGGGUGCCACCAGACCAGGCCAACAACCAUGGUGGGAAGAAACGACUUUCGCGUGAGCAGCUUGAUGCCCUCGAACCGGCGUCUCAACCACAAUACCCGGGUGAAGAGGAGAGGAUAUCAGGGCCACGUGAGGAAGUAGGGGAGAUGUCCCUCGAUGAAUAUUUAUUGGACGGGCAUUACUCGUCCUUUGGUGACCUGCUAUCGCUGGGAAGGAACUCACUUGAUAGUGGUCAGUCACUCAGUGGAGACAAGCACUCGCUUGACCAAUCGAUCGGCGGACUCACUCCGUCGGAUGAGAACGACUCGUUGCUUCUCGAUGGAAUAUCCAUUGUUGGAUCUAUUGUGUCAGAAGGCGGCAAAUCUCUGUCUGUCGGCGAGCGGUCUUCGUCUUAGGACAUGGUGCUGAAGAAGCUUCGGGAACUAAGCUGCGAUAGGUAACUUUGCAGGAAGAAUGCUCUGCAACCAACAAUUUUAUCGGAAGAAAGUGGUGGCGCGGUUAGAGAUGUUUUUGGGCGAAGUAAUGAGCAAGGGUUACGCUUGAAACGUCAAUACUUGUGGUUGACAUAAAAGCCCACCGAAAUCAAGGGGAAAAGGGGUUAUUGACUGAUAG